ACUCGCAGCCCUAAAAUCUAGGGCUUUCUUAUUCAGUCAGAAUUCUCCUUGUAUUUGCUAGCUACGUAACUCUUUCCUUAUUCUUUCCGAUCAAUUGGCGUUGCCAUAUCCGAUCAGGGACAGCUGGGUAUUGGAGUUUGGUAGCUAAUGAUUAACUGCUUUCCUUUUUUCCAUCUCUCGUGCUUUCAUUUCCCUUAUCAUAGCAUUUUUCCACUUGGGAUCAACAAGGGUUUCUUUCCAUCCCUGCGGAAGAGAAAUUGAAAACAAGGAAGACACAAAGGCACGAUAGGAAAGAGAUAGGGAAUGGUAUGGAGACAUAAUUGCAGAUGGGAUAUUGAGUGCAAGUCCAUACUCCUUUUCAAAUAGCAAUCAAAGGAUUAUUGGUCCACAGGGCUUUACCUCCAUCGGCCUUUUGAUUUGUCUCCGGAUGUAAAUACUUGGAAUGUCAUUCCGUUAUUCUGGUUAUCCUGAGAAUAUAGCCAAUUACAAGUUGACGUAGCUGAUGAAGAUAACAACUUAUUUCAAUCCUGUCACUGUGACAUUCUCAACACAGACAUGGGCAACUCUACUUGCUGGUACCUUUGUUCUGCUUACUCUGACGCUCUCAAUCUACCUCUUAUUUGAGCAUCUUUUGGCAUACAAGAAUCCUGAGGAGCAAAAGUUUUUAAUAGGAGUGAUAUUGAUGGUCCCAUGCUAUGCAGUUGAAUCAUUCAUAUCGUUGGUGAACCCAUCAAUCAGUGUUGAUAUUGGGAUAUUACGUGAUUGCUAUGAAUCCUUUGCCAUGUAUUGCUUUGGAAGAUAUCUUGUUGCAUGUUUAGGUGGGGAAGAGAGGACAAUCGAGUUUAUGGAGAGGCAAGGCCGUGUAAGUUCAAAAACCCCCUUACUGGAGCACAGUUCUGAAAUGGGAACCGUAAAGCACCCUUUUCCAAUGAAUUAUUUUUUAAAGCCUUGGAAACUGGGUCAGUGGGUUUACCAAGUUAUCAAGUUUGGAAUCGUUCAAUAUAUGCUAAUAAAGUCUCUUAGUGCUAUUUUAGCAGUAAUUCUUGAAGCCUUUGGCGUAUAUUGUGAAGGAGACUUCAAAUGGGGAUGCGGGUAUCCUUACAUUGCUGUGGUUCUAAACUUCAGUCAGUCAUGGGCUUUGUAUUGUUUAGUUCAAUUUUAUGCCAUUACAAGUGAUGAACUGGCACAUAUCAAACCAUUGUUCAAGUUUCUGACAUUUAAAUCAAUUGUAUUCUUGACUUGGUGGCAAGGUGUGGCUAUUGCGCUUUUCUAUGCCCUUGGUUUAUUUAAAAGUCCAAUAGCUCAAGCUUUGCAGUUUAAGUCAAGUGUACAGGAUUUCAUCAUUUGUAUAGAGAUGGGCAUCGCUUCUGUUGUUCACCUAUAUGUGUUCCCUGCAAAGCCGUACGAGCUAAUGGGAGACCGCUUUCCUGGAAGUGUUUCAGUUCUUGGAGACUAUGCAUCUGUUGACUGCCCUCUAGAUCCUGAUGAGGUUAGGGAUAGCGAGCGCCCUACAAAACUUCGCCUUCCCCAACCUGACAUUGAUGUCAGGAGUGGAAUGACCAUCAGAGAAAGUGUUCGAGAUGUUUUCAUUGGGGGUGGUGAAUAUAUUGUGAAUGAUGUGAAGUUUACGGUAACCCAAGCAGUGGAGCCUGUGGAGAAAGGAAUCACAAGGUUCAAUGAGAAAUUACACAAGAUCUCCCAGAACAUAAAGAGGCACGACAAGGAAAAGAGAAGAACAAAGGAUGACAGUUGCAUUGCCACAUCUUCGGCAAAGAGAGUUAUCCGUGGAAUUGAUGACCCCCUCUUAAUCGGAAGCAUCAGUGAUAGUGGAGUCUCAAGGGGAAAGAAGCACCGUAAAAAAUCAGGGUAUACAAGUGGAGAAAGCGGUGGGGAGAGUAGCAGUGAUCAAAGCUAUGGUGGGUAUCAAGUCCAUGGCCAUAGGUGGGUUACCAAGGAAUAGGAAGCAGAAAGCAAUUGUACCAAACCGAAAAGAGGAUGGAUAAGAGGGCAUUGUAAUGAAAACAUGCCACAAGAGCACUAUUCACUGGCUCGCAUGGUUUCCCUCACAUAAAAUGGCUGGGAGAGUGAAUGGUAUUGGAUUCUCCACUGCAUUUUUUUGAUUCAUGAAGAAGGUUGAGUUUUUGUUGAAGGGUUUUUUUUGUUAUAUGGAUGCAUCUUUUUACUGAUCGGAUGAUGGGGUGGUGGUGUUUCAUAUGCAAAGGGGUGGUAGAUUCGUGAUUCAUGUAUUGUUAUUAUGUUGUAUAGAGCCCUUGAUAGGGUUGACUGGUUACGAACUUCAAUUGUGAAAAUGUGUUGGGAUAAGAUUUGCCUAAUAGAGAAAUCAUCAGUAGCUGUUUCUUCACGGA